AUGGAUGAGUGUAUUAUGGAUUUCACUGAAUUAAUUGUUUCCACAGCAAAUGCAUUAUUGAUGAGAACAUAUUGUCGUUUAGCUGAUCCGAAUCAAACGAAAAUAAGUCAUUGUCUUGAUGAUACUCAGCUAACAUUUCAUCAAUAUUUACCUCAAGUUUUGGAUGCUUGGGGUCGUCCAUCAGCUGGUAUUUACUCAUCAGGCCCAUUUUUUUGGCUCGGUGAUUAUGAUCAGUGUCAAAGUAUCUCAAAAACAAUAACCACAAAUUAUUCAGUUCAAUAUUGUCGAGCAAAUAUUCGAAUUGAAGCAUACGGAAUGCAACAACAUCAAAUAAUACCACUUUUCUAUGGAAUGUGUUUACCGAUUCGUUGUAAUGAACGUUCCAUAAAUAAUAUUUUCCCUAUUCUUUCCUCUUUUCUGGAAAGAACUUUUGGCAUUUUAAUUUCCAACAAUUCAGCUAUUGAAUGCUUCAAACAAAAGGAUUCAUUUUUCAACAAACUUAAUAUUGAACAGUGGAUAAUUCUUGCUAUCCUUGCAUUUCUUGUUAUAUUGGUACUUUGUGGUACUUUGAUCGAUAUUUAUCGUAAACGACGCAAUCGGAAAUAUUUAGUCAAUAAAGAAUCGUCUGAAAGUUGUAGUCAUAUGACCAUACGACCGAUGACAAACAUAUCAUCACAAAUGUCUUCCAUUUGUACGCCAUACGUUCAAGAUGACGCACGUAGUUUCAUAUACAGCGAUGUUCCAUCACAAGCACUUACGUACAAAAGUAUACCAGCUGUACGAAGGACAUUAAAAAAAUCAAGUUGCUUCGUUAAUAGUAUACUUGCAUUCAGCAUUCGUUCCACAUAUCAUUAUUUGAUACGUCCCCGUAAUCGACAUUUAAAUUCAUUGCACGGUAUUAGAGUAUUAAGCGCUUUUUGGGUAGUAAUUGGUCAUGCGCAUUUGUUUUCAUUGGAAUAUAUUGGCAAUGUACGACAAUUAUGGAGCUUAUUGAAAGCAAAUGAGAAACUUUCGCUAAUUAUUUUCAAUUCAUCUCUUUCCGUUGAUUCAUUCUUACUGAUAUCUGCUGCUGUUUUGGCUUAUAAAGUUCAUUUACGCCUUUUAAAACAAAAACAACGUAAGAAUGAACAAACAGCAUUAUCACCAUUUGGUUGGCUUAUGCUUUGGUUUCAUCGUUUCAUUCGUCUAAUGCCAGCUUAUAUUAUCACAUUUCUUAUCAUUUAUUUCGUUUUUCAACAAAUUGGUGAUGGACCAAUGUGGUCUGAACAGAAUGGAAUUUUCGGCGCAAGAUGCAAUAAGGAUGAUAUUUGGCGACAGAUGCUUUUUUUGACAAAUUUCUAUCCAAAUGAAUGUAUGCCUUGGAUGUGGUACCUUGCAUUGGAUACACAAUUUUAUAUUAUAGCUCCAAUUGUUUUACUAUUACUGCAUAUUAUACCAACAAUUGCUAUCAUUUUAAUCAUCGCCAUCAUAGUAUUAUCCGUUAUUUACCGAGCUACUAUGGUGGUAUUAUUCAGAUUUCCGGCAACACUUAUCUCAGCACUGAUCGAAAAUGAUAGCUUAACAACCGAAUUAAUGGAAAAAAUGUUUCGAUAUUUAUAUGCUGUACCGCAUGCAAGAAUUGGCUCAUUUUUAAUUGGAAUUCUUCUUGGAUGGUCACUUUCAACAAAAUCGAAGCGAACUUAUUCAACAAUACAAAUAAUUAUUGCACAUUUUCUAUCAUUUCUCAUGCUCGCUUUUUCAUUUAUUGGUGCCAAUUAUGCAAAUGACUUUAAUAUAUUUUCGAUUUUUUACGCUGCCACAUUUAGAGUAGUUUGGACAUUUGGUUUAGCCAUAUUUGUUUGGUUAUGUGAACGAGGAUAUAUGCAUAUGAUACAUUCAUUUUUAGCUUGGGAGAAAUGGACCGUUUUUUCGAGAUUAUCUUAUGGAUUUUAUUUAUCACAUGAGCCAAUUUUAUUAUAUUUCAUAUGGACAAAGCGCUCACCUAUGAUGCCCCUAUCAGCUUACUAUUUUAUCAUUUUUGCUAUGGAAAUAUCAAUGUUAUCACUACUUGCCGCUUCUCUUAUAGCUUUUAUAAUCGAAAUUCCUCCCUUAAUUAUUGAGCGUAAAAUAUUUAAAACAAUUCGUACCCGUAUCGCAUCAAAUAAAACGGAUGAUGAAACGAAACAAAAUGAUAUGGAUAAUAAAUCCGUUAUUCAACUAUUCUGUCAACAUAAAAAUGAUGAGAUUAUUGAGCUUACUACACCAAUGAUAUCACCAAUGAAGCGAACAAAACGAUGGAUUGAGGAAAAUCAUGAGGAUUUACGAACUUCAUUUAUACAACCAAAUAAUACCAUAAUAAAUAAAUCAUUUUGUGCGUCGAAAUCUUCUAUUGCUGUAACGCCUAAAACAACACGACAAUUUCCGAACAUCGUUGGUAACACUGAAGAUAUUGUUCAUCCAAGUGGUACAAAUAUGGAGAAGCAAUACAAUGGUAGUCCAAAAGUUGAUAAAUUAGUAAAGCAGAAAGAGAAAAUACCGAUGAAGCGAAAUCAUGAUAAAGAGGUUUCAUUGAUGGAAAGUAUAGGCUUUUCAUGGAUUGAAGAAAUUCGAAAGAAGCUUAAUACCGAACGAAAUACUCGUUCACAAUUUCCUUAUAAUAAGGGAAGGAGAAUAAUGCAAUAUGAUGGGACAAAUCAACAACAGCAACAACAUUUCAAUCUUUAUCCACUUGAUGAACAAAUAUCAACAUCAAAUAAAUCAACAAGUUCCACUAAUACCGGAGAAACUGUAAGUUAUUACAACUUGUGA